CCCCCCCGCCUCCCCGCUUCUCCUGGCCGCUGUCCCGCUGGCCUCCUCGGCAUCCCGGUGUAUGUGCGGCAACAACAUGUCGGCUCCGCUUCCCGCCAUCGUCCCGGCCGCUAGGAAGGCGACGGCCGCCGUCAUUUUUCUCCACGGAUUGGGAGAUACUGGGCAUGGAUGGUCAGAAGCCCUUGCAGGUAUCAAAAGCCCCCAUGUAAAAUACAUUUGCCCACAUGCGCCAGUCAUGCCAGUUUCUUUGAACAUGAACAUGUCUAUGCCAUCAUGGUUUGAUAUCAUUGGACUUUCUCCAGAUUCACAGGAAGAUGAAGUUGGGAUCAAGCAGGCAGCAGAGAAUGUUAAAGCACUAAUAGAUCAAGAAGUAAAGAAUGGAAUUCCUUCUAAUAGAAUUAUUCUGGGAGGCUUUUCUCAGGGAGGUGCUUUAUCAUUGUAUACAGCUCUUACAACACAUCAAAAAUUAGCAGGUGUUGUAGCCCUUAGCUGUUGGCUUCCUCUGCGGGCUUCUUUUCCUCAGGGCCCUAUCAGUGGUGUCAACAAGGAGAUUCCUGUUCUUCAGUGUCAUGGGGACUGUGACCCAUUGGUUCCUUUAAUGUUUGGUUCUCUCACUGUUGAGAAGCUAAAGAGUAUGAUAAAUCCAGCCAAUGUGACCUUCAGGACUUACUCUGGCAUGAUGCAUAGCUCAUGCAUUGAGGAGAUGAUGGAUGUAAAACAAUUCAUAGACAAACAUCUACCUCCUGUAGACUGAAACGAUACGCGAGAAGCCUUCUUUAUAAAUACACCAGCAUCAACUGUGGUAGAGUGUUAAUCUUUUCAUAUGCCUGAUAGGAAGCAUUACUUCUGUACCUGCAGUGUUACUACUGUGUUGCAAAUUUAUACUUAGGAUGAGAUUAAAUAAUGCACAUGUACAAGAAAUGAUAAUCUUUUUAGUAUUAAUUGUCCACUGGUGAUACUGUAUGAAUGAGGCAGCUAGGUAACAAUGACAGGAUGUAACCUAAGCAUAGUGUUGAAGGUGUCUGAAUUUUUUUGAUUGCAAAAUUUUAAACUAUUUGUACAAGUAAUUAAAAACUAAAUUUAAGUGAGCAACAUAAACGUGACCAGUUUAGUUACACUUGAGACUUCAUUUGUUCUUAAUACUAAUUGAAAACAUAUCAAAACAUUUCCUUUGUGUAAUGGGUGCUUAAAUACACAACACGUGACAUAGGGAGCGUAUGAUGAUAAAAGAAUUGUUACCAAGGACAAAGUGUUAAAUAUUAAAUGUUAACUGUUACUCCAGAGAAGGAGGGCUGUUCUAGAAUGGCUAAAAGUCAGCAAAGGUAUUUCCUUAUAUUUAAAUCAUUUCAGUCUUUAACUGUUUUCAUGUAGGUAGGCUAGAUCUUGUGGGAAUUCUAAAGGGAUUCAUUCCUUGUUAGACGAUCAUGUUCACUCAUUGUCUUUUUUGGGCUUUUUUGGUUACUAUAAACUCCUGUUAAAUGCUGACUUAGAACAGAAUUCUGAAGAAGUGCACAGGAUUAAUUUGAGUUUCAUUUAAAAGUUCUGUUUUUGUACUGAAAAUUAUUGUGCUUUAGUCUUUGUAGCUGUCAUUUGUGUUUAAAUAUUGAUAUAUCUUACAUGAGCAAUUUCAGGAUAUAGUUUUGAUUUUUCUGUCAGCUUUGGAAUAACUAACUGAAAACAACACAGCGGUGUAAUGUUGUGUGUUGUUGAAGUCUCAUCUGUAACAGACAUUGACUCAUUUGAAUUCUUUUUAAAUAGAAAUAUAAGUGCAGUUGGGAUAUAACAUAAACUUUGAAUUGAUAAUAUCUAAUCCUUUCUUGUAUUGCAUGUUGCAACUUGAUUUUUUUCUGAAAAAGAACAAAGAGUUAUGUCAUUCUGCAUUUCCCUAGAUCAGUAUUGCCUAGGAAUAUGAAGAACUACUUUGGGAAAAAAAAAAUCUACAAGAUACAGAAUGUCUCUUCUUUCAGAAGCUUAACAUUCUAGAAUGUACUGGGUUACAGAAAUAGAUGCACGCUCAACAGCUUUUUGCAGUUAAAAGCCAUAAUUUACUUCUGGAAACAGAUAUUCUACUGUAGAUUUCAGAUGCUGUCACCACACUUAAGAAUGUUUAAAAAAUACACUACAGUGUUUACUACAUAAUAUGCUACGUAACAGUGUCCCAUGUAAUACAUUUGCAAGAAGAAAAUACUCUUACUUUGGAUGCCUCUGUGUUGUCAGAACUCUUCUUCAUACCUGUAGUUAAGGUACUCCCUCCUCUCUCAGCUUAAUUGUGGUCCUCUUAGAGUGUAUAUGGAUUUACGUCUGAGGCAUCUGUCAGUACAAAUGCAUAAAUUGGGGAACUACACUUUUAUAUCCCUUCUUUAACAUAGCUGCUGCCGGAAAUCUGGCUUAUUCACCUAGUGUGAGUUCCCAGUUUCCAGUGCUUAUCUUCAUGUGUGUUGCACUUCAUUUUUAGGAAGCUGUUUUUCCUUUGUAAUCCAGUUUCUCUGGAUUAUUAAGCAAAUAUUAAUAUGUAAAAUUGAAAAGGAUAUUUUUCUAAAUGGUAUUAAAAUGCUUUCAGAUAUUGCAUCUGUGUGUUUGAGAGGGCAUGUCUAACUUUGAAGUUUAAUUAGUCCUCUCCCUCCGUCACUCUGCUCUAUUUAUCUGCCAAUUUGUCUUUCAGUUAAUUGAGUUCGUAGAAGAAAACAUAAUAUUCUUAUUGUAGUUGUGCCAAAGUACUAUUGAGAAAAUGGCGUAUCCUAGCUUGGAGUCAUUCCCAAAUUGCAUUAGCUAAUUUUGCAGUCCUGCUGAAUUGCGGACUUAGUAAGCAACUAUAUGUUAUUCCUCCUAGUUUUUUAGAUGUAUUGUCAUUCCCCUGUUGUCUAAAUAAUUUCCUGAAUAUUGGCACAUUUCCAAAUUUCUGCACAAGCUUCUAAUUUUUCCUUUAUUAUUUUCUUGUUCUGUUUGUAAAUUGUUUGAUAAUACCAUUCGGCAGUCUUGCUCAACUUCUAAUAGACUGUCUGCUCAUUUCACACAUUUUCUUGUGUUAGAAAUAAUUUUUUUAAAUCUCAUUCUGAGUUGUUAAAAUGAGAUCAGUCCUAGCUUUAUUCUGUAUUAGCUUCCUAAGACUUUCUUCAGUUUGGUGAACUCUGUUCACAGCUCGUGGUCAGUUUCUAGUACUUAGACAUUUUUAUUCAAGUCAGCUUCCACUGCCAUCUCCAUGAUGCUUUCUGGUAUUUUUCUAGAAAUGCUUUCUGUGGUAACUGCUGAAAUACAUGGCUAUAACAACAAGAUUUUUCUCAUACUAUUGUUUUGUUGUUUGCUUUAUCUACAAAGAGCUGUGUUACCAAAGUAAAUAUAAGUAAAUGUUGUGACUUACUCUGAAUUUCUGUAUUCUAGGAAGAAUUAUUCCCCUCAAGUUUUGUUUUUGCAGGGGAGUAUAUGACUAUGCUGUAGAGCCCAGAAGCUAGAUGAAACUUCAAGAAUGUAUUUGAAGCCUAUCCUGUCUCCUCCCAUAUUACAGUGUGUAUCCUGAGCUCCUGUCUUUUGUAACUUCCUAGCUAAUUGGAAAGAUGUUUGUAUGAUCUUGUAGCUGAAUUUCUUCACUACCUUGAAGCAGUGUGGUGCUGGGAUUGUUGUUAUGAUUGCACUUAUUUUUAGGCUGAGUGAUAGCUUAAUGUGGUGUUGGGUUUUCAUAAUGUUCUGUUAAAACUGGGAAAUUGGAUUGUCAGUAUUUUUAAGCGUGAAUGUCCUGUCCUCAUAAACUACAAUUUGAAACUGUCCAAUAAUGAUUUUUUCUCUUGUAAUGUUAGAUUUUCCACAAAAGAGGAUGAUGUCUGUCAAACCUGCAAAAAGCAUUGACAGGAAAAUACCUUGCUUGCUGAUCAGUUUGUUUCAGUGGGUCUCUUAACUCCCUAAUGUGUUUUUAAUUUCAUAGUGGUAUUUAAAUUUGAUUGCAGUUUUGUGCAGUCAGAAAUCUAAAUACUUGUUGGAAUAUGUUGCCCAUUUUUUAAUAAGUGUGUUGAUUCAUGUAUUAUAAGCCAAAUCGUCUAGCCAUUCUUGAAGUAAACAGGGCAUCUGUACUGUGGUGAAGGCUCUAUGAUUUGGUCUCUUCCUCCUAUCUUGUAUAAUUACAACACAGUAGAUUGGUAAAAGUACUGUACACUGUAACUGGUAUUAGAACUGUUAAUUAAAACAUUUUUCUCUCUAAUGGAGUAUACUGCACUUUAUUGAAAUCAUUAGGAUGCAUCUUUUACGUAGAGGUGCUGUUUGUGUUGAUGGAUGUGACUGAGAACAGAUUGUAUAAGAAUGAAGCCAUAUGUACAAGGCCUUGUCUCUUAAAUUUUAUGAAGAAAUACUGGACACUUACUCUUUGUGUUAUGAAUUAUAAGCCAUUUAUAUUUAAUAUGAGCAUAAUUGACAUAAUUUAUUGAUUUUAUUUCUGAUAAGAAAUCUUAACUUUGGAAAGUAUUUCUGUAGUAGGGAACAUGUAAAACCUUUCCAUAUUUAUCAUUGUGAAAUAAAUUUCAAUCAGUUUUUGGGCUAGUACUAAAGAUUUUUCCAUAGUUAGCUGAAAGAAAUUGAGCUUUUAUGUGUUGUGGAACUGGCGCUUUAGGGGUGUCUUGGGGUUGUCCUAUGCAGAGAUAGGAGUUGGAUGAGAUGAUCCUUGUAGGUCCCUUCCAACUCGGCUUAUUCUUUGAUUCUGUGGUAACGUAUACAGGAUGCUAUAAUAUAAAAGAAUGGUGAGUUGUAGUUAACAGAAAAAAAAAGAAACACUAGUUUGUUUUUUUUUUUUUUGAGAGAAUGCUAAGUAUGAUUUGAUAUUUCUUUCAUAUUCUGGGUUAAUGUUAAUUUUUUUUUGGGAUCUGCAAUAAUUUUGAAAGGAACUUUUAUUUUCUAGUAGCUUUAUUCUAGAACACUGAAGAGCCAAAGCCUUCUCACUAUUUACUGCUACACCUUUCUCUAGAGGUUCUCCAGUGUCAGGGAGCCCUUCAAGUUUUAUUAGGUUUGGCAUACAUACCACUUAACCUGUUUGUUAAAGCAGCCGUUUGCAGGUCAGGGGUUUCAUGUACUCUUCAGGUUAACUACUAUUUGAGGCUGAUCGGUGGUAUACAUAGUGUGGGGCACUCCGGAGAAAACUUGAGAUUAUCUGGGAAGAGAUGCUGAAAGUUAGUGAAGUGUACUUGUGCGUGGUGGCAGACUUUCCCCGUCAAGCAGUUUAAAGCAACUAGAAGGGCUCUUGUCUCCACAGAUUGUGAAGACUAAAAGUCAGUGUGGAGUAUAGUUAGGAAGUUCAUGUAUGUAUGGAAAUGCAUGAUGAAAGUAGUGCUGUGUGUGAAUGUAUUUUGGCAACAAGGGUAAAUUAAGAUGCAGUACUAUAUUUGUCAGUUUAUAUUUUAUUAGAAUCAUCUUGAAUAAUGUUCAGUUCCUAUUUACUUUAAGCCUUGAGGAGAUAAUUGUGAGGAGAAAUGUUGCCUAGAAUUAGUAUAGUUAAAAAAAUUACAAUGUACUACUGUAUUAAAUUUUAUAAAAUGUAGUGUGAAACCACUGGUAUAAUGAAGGUGACUGGAAUUUUUUCCAGUGUGUCUCUUGGUUAACUUGGAAAUGGGAUUCUUUGAAGAAGAAUAAUAGCUGCAGAACAGAUUAUUUCCCUUCCCCCUCCUUUUUUUUUUCCUCCUUUUCAUUGCUUGCUACUCUCAUGUUACCACUGUUUGCCUUUGGGAUAACAGGUUUUAUUAAUUCUCUUUGAGUGAAAGAAGUGCCUUUGAUGUAGC